AUGGGGAUGUAUAAGCAGAAAGAAAGCCCGCUGACGUUAGACAUUCUCCCUUCAAUCUCUUUUGUGUCAACUAAUUAUUUUCGGAAUUUCUUUCUUUGCUUCUUUCUUUCUUUCUUUUUUCUUUUUUUACUUCUUUCUUUCUUUCUUUCUUUCUUUUCCUUUUUCUUUUUUUACUUCUUUCUUUCUUUUCUUUCUUUCUUUCUUUCUUUCUUUAUUUCCCUUUUUCUUUUUACUUGUUUCUUUAUUUCUUUCUUUCUUUCCUUUUUCUUUUUUUGCUUCAUUCUUUCUCUUUCUUUCUUUCCCUUUUUCUUUUUUACUUCUUUCUUUCUCUUUCUUUCUAUCUUUCUUUCUUUCUUUCUUUCUUUCCUUUUUCUUUUUUUACUUUUUUCUUUCUUUCUCUUUCUUUCUUUCCCUUUUUCUUUUUUUACUUCUUUCUUUCUUUCUCUGUCUUUCUUUCUUUCUUUUUUACUUCUUUCUUUCUUUCUUUCUUUCCUUUUUCUUUUUUACUUCUUUCUUUCUUUCUUUCUUUCCCUUUUCUUUUUUUACUUCUUUCUUUCUCUUUCUUUCUUUCUUUCUUUCUUUCCCUUUUCUUUUUUUACUUCUUUCUUUCUUUCUCUUUCUUUCUUUCUUUCUUUCUUUCUUUCACUUUUUCUUUUUUUACUUCUUUCUUUCUUUCACUUUCUUUCUUUCUUUCCUUUUUCUUUUUUUUACUUCUUUCUUUCUCUUUCUUUCUUUCUUUCCCUUUUUCUUUUUUCUCUCUUUCUUUCCUUCUUUACUUCUUUCUUUCUUUCUUUCUUUCUUUUUUAA